GGCAUGAUUGAUUUUUGUGGAACUUCAACUUGUUUCGGCCCCCAGCUCAGCUGUUCGCUGCACCCACGACUGCAUUGCGCUUGCCUGAACUGAAUGCAUUUAAAAAAACCUCUCCCAGACCUAGCCCUAGAUUUAUUUUAGACUUUAGUCGAAACGUCCCUUCGCAUACAUCAUGUCGGCGAAAGUAGACGAAAGGGUUUACGACGAAAUAGAGGCUUUGGAAGCGAUUUUAAUUGAAGAUCUGGUUGUGAAACAUGAAGAUGGAGUGCCAAAAAUUAUCGAAACUGUUAUCCAUCCGUCGACUGCGGAUAAUAUUGAUCAACAGUUUGUGUGCAUAACAUUGGAGGUCAGACUGACCCCGGACUACCCUGACAGCAGUCCAGAAGUGUUCCUCAGAAAUCCCCGAGGCUUGGAUGACCAAUUACUGUCAAUUAUUAAUACAAAAAUUAGAGAAAUGUUAAACAUAAACUUAGGUAACCCAGUUAUAUUUGAAUUGAUUGAGCUUGUCCGUGAAUUCUUAACUCAAAGUAACCUCCCCAGCGGUCAGUGUGUGAUCUGCCUACACGGGUUCACGCAGGGUGAUGUUUUCAUCAAGACGCAGUGUUAUCACCACUUCCACAGCCACUGCUUGUCCAAACAUCUGAUUGCUGGUAAAAAAUAUUACCAGGAAGAAUUAGAUAAGCUGCCGAAUUGGCAGCAAGUUCAGGCACCUGCUUACCAGCAAACAUGUCCAGUUUGCCGCUGUCUUGUUGCAUUUGAUGUGGAAACACUGAAGAAGGCACCACCACCUGUGGACUCUCUCACUGCUCCACCAUUCCACUUAACUGCUGAACUAAAGGCUCUCCAACAACGCAUGGCGGAUCUGCUCGCUCGUCAGGUGGCGCGCGGCGGUGUGGUCGGCAUGGGGGACGACGGGCCGCCACCGUUGACUAUCACUACUCCGUCUGAUAACGAGGAACCGAAGGUCUCGACCAGCGGCACUCAGGACGUGAAGGUGGAGGCGGCUGGCGGCGCGCGACCCGGCAGCAGCACAUCAUCCGACGGGCCCGCCUCGCCCGCAUCGCCGAAUCGCGCAUCAUACAAGGGGCCAUUCAGGGGCUUCAACCGUCGCGGCAAGCCGGGUCGCCGCGGGCGCGGCGGGCGGUGACCUCCCCGCGCUCCGCCCUACCCCGC